AUGCCGCGCCCUGCCCCAAAGCGAAGCCGUACAAAAGGCCAGCCAGUCAAAAAUGCGACAGAAGAACCAACGCGACAAAAUGACUCUGUAUCCAAGUCCCCUGCGCAACCUGAGCGCGGCUCCGUCCUGGAUCCACGACAGGCAUUGCGCAGCCAAACGCCAUUGACAAAGAGUUAUGAACAAGCGAUCGAGUCUUCUCCCACUGGAGACCGACCAGGCACAGGUAGUCGACCUGGGACUGGCAGUCGCCCUCCUACGAGGUCGCGCGGUUACUCCUCAACGCUAUCCUUUGCUGGGCGCAAAGGCGACACAAGCUCCCGAAUUCCCGGCACACCUGGCUUCGAAAGCUCAGUUCUGAGUAACUUCAGACGGCGGCCGCGACAGCAGAGUAUCCUGCAGAUGAUGCAAGCUGAAGAUGGCUCUUCCGAAUUGGACGACGAUGACUUCCUUGGUGGUCUCAGUCCUGGCGAUGAAUCUACGCCGCUCAACCUUUCCAGAGGAAAAUCACUCCUGAUUAAACCUUCCGAAGAUUCACCAUCACGAUCCGAAUCCCCGCUUUCCUCUCCCGAAGGGUCGCGCAAGCGCAAGCGCAUGACUCAAGAAAUACAGGUGCCACAAUCACCAAUACAAUCGCCUGUCAAUGUGGUCAAAGAUACUCCAACUGCAACGCCGAUCCAGCAUGAGAGCUCUUCAGCUCAUGAAGAUGAAGAGGCCGAGGAACCUGAGCAAGACGACGAGCAAGUUGAGCGAGUCGAGGAUACUCAGCAGUCUCAGCAAUGCCCAGACAUACUCAGCCAGACUAUGUUGCCACCUGCCAGUAGCCCCAUGCGAAGUCCUGCUGGCUCUGCUGCAGUAGCUGGUGGUUCUACGCCUACUGCGCCGCUGCCUGCUGCCAGAAAGAAGCCCAAGGCUCCAACUCAUCUAUCAACAGCGAGCCUACAAGACAAACUUUUGCCUAGGCGGCGGCGUCGGCGCAAGAACAGAGCUGGCGAUGAAUUUGACGUCCCUAGUGACGAAAGUGAUGACCAACACGAUGUGGCAUCCGGCGACGAAGACGAACUGAGCUACCCCUCAAGACGGCCAUCCAGGCGAAAAGCAGACUCCAAAAAGCCCAAAGCACUAUUCAAUGCACAGAAUAAGACAAAACUCAACAAUCCGAAGCAGAGGAGUGCUAAGGAAAAGCCAGCCAAAGCCAAAGCAGCUCCCAAGGCGCCUACAACAUAUUCGCGUUCUCGUGGCAGUGCAGGUGUCGAAAAGGAAAAUGAAAUGCUUGAUCUAUCCUCGGCAUCCUCUUCACCCUUGUCAUCACCGCCUGAGUCCGAUUUGUCUGAUAAUGAAUCUGCUGGAACCGAGCCCACGCCUCGUUGCGUGAGCGAUGAGUUACGCGCGGCAGUCAAGAAAUUUGCAGAGGUUGAUCAAUGGGAGAUGGAGUUUGAAGAUGUGUCUGCCUCUGAGACGCAAGGCAGUCCAUCACGAUAG